CUUCGAGGUAGCAGAGGUUUUCCACAGGAGGGGAACUGCAGCCCUCUCGUCCUUCCAAUCAGCACACGGAGAGUGCUUGAAAUGGAAGAUAUUUAUCAAACAGCCACCUCACGCUUGCUUGAGGAGAAUCAGCAUGUAGCAGCCCAGCCUAUUGCUGCUCAACCGCUCAUGAGCUAUGAUGGUGAUAGUGGCAGUGUUGAUGGUGCUGCCGCUGGUACUGAUGCUGCUGCUGCCACAACCACCAGCGAGCCCGGUCCUUGUAUUGAUAGCAGCAACUGCAUUAAAGACUCAGACAGCCCAAGUCAGGCGAGCUCUUGCAGUGAUACGAAUGAUUCAAGGGGAGCAGCAACAGGGAUAAGGAGCAGUGUUACGCUGCAAGCGAACAUGGUAACCCUGAUGGCAGCUGUGCUUGGGAUGCUCAAGGAUGAUCUACAAAUGAAG